GUCCAUUCUGUGGAUCUGUGCUUGGAGCUUCUGAUGCCUUUUGCUGUGCAUGUGGCAAAAACAUAACUUCUUUAAAACAUGUCAAAGUGGAGACACCUGCUACUGAUGCACAAGUUGAUGUUGCACAACCCAGCACCAGUGCAGGGAUUUCUUGGAUUUGACCGGGCGUGCCAGGCCAAGUAUGGAGAUGUCUGGGGGUUGUAUGAUGGAAGAACGCCAAUGUUGAUGGUGACAGACCCAGAAAUUAUUAAAAGUGUGACGGUGAAGGACUGCUACACUGCAUUUACCAACCGCAGGGACAGUCCUUUAAGUAACGCACCGUUGGAUGACGUCGUUACAGUCGUCAAAGACGAAAGGUGAAAACGAAUGCGGAGCUCAUUAUCUCCAUGCUUCACCAGUGGAAGACUCAAACAGGUCUUUCCUCUUGUUGUUCGCUAUGCAGAUCACCUUAUGGAAAAACUUGGACGCACAAAUUUGGAUGAGGCGGUCGAUGUCAAAAAACUUAUGGCACCGUACAGCUUAGAUGUGGUGACCAGUGCAUCUUUCAGUGUGGAGGCAGACUCCAUAAACAACCCAGAAGACCCCGUCAGUGUUCAUAUGCAGAAGAUUCUAAACUUCAGAUUAUGGCCCUUUUUCUUGCUAAUGGUAUUUCCCUUUUGUGCUCGUCUGCUGGAACUUCUCAAGAUUGAAAUGAUGCCCAAAGUCAGUGUGGACUUUUUCUUCAACAUCAUCAAGAAGUUCAAAGAUCAGCAUAAGAAAGGGGAAGCUACUCGAGGGGACUUUCUGCAGGUGUUGAUUGAGAAUGAGAUACCAGAAUCGGACAUAAAGAGUGAACAGGAACAGCCCAGUAAAGGUUUGACUGAGCACGAGAUCCUCUCCCAGGCCUUGAUCUUCAUCUUCGGUGGCUAUGAGACAACCACCGUUACAGUCACAUUCAUCCUUUACAAUCUGGCCACAAACCCUGAUGCGAUGCAGAAGCUGCAAAAGGAAAUCGAUGCCAAACUGAAAAAAGAUGCUUCCAUUUCCUAUGAAGAUGUCAAUGAUCUUCAUUACCUGGACCACGUCAUUAAUGAGUCGAUGCGUUUGCUUCCCACCUUACCUCGACUUGAAAGGGCCUGCAAGAAAACUGUGCAGAUCAACGGCAUCACCAUCCCUGAAGGAAUUCUGGUUGGGAUUCCUCUGCACCUGCUGCACAAGGACCCUCGCUACUGGAAGUCACCUGAGCUUUUUAGGCCAGAGAGGUUUGAUAAAGACAGCGGGGAGGAGGUGAACCCAUACGCGUUCAUGCCGUUUGGUCUCGGCCCUCGUAACUGUGUUGGGAUGCGCUACGCUAUCCUCGUCAUGAAGAUGAGCAUUGUCCGCAUCCUGCAGAAUUACACUGUGGAAACGUGCAAAGAAACCAUGAUUCCACUGAAGUUUACCUUGAUGUUUCAACCGGUGAAACCUGUACAGCUCAAGUUUGUUCCUCGAAAAUCAUGAUCCCAGAGGGAAGAUCUCCACAGAUAUCAUGCUUCUGAACUACAAGCCGUCCCAUUAUUUUCAGAUUGUUGUUUGAUCCAAAGCUUUCAUGCUUUGAAAUGUUUUACUUCAGUGCAUUUUCACAAAUCGGAAAACGAUUUCAACAAAUCAAAUCUGUGUUUAAACGAUACUUUAGCUUAUCUAUGAUGAACUAGUCUGGAUUUAAACAGUCUGUGUUGUGAUUUGGGAUCUGGACCUAUGUGAUCUACAUGCAAAAAAAGCAGUAAAUAUCACAUUGUGUUGUUUUUACAAAUAAAGUGAUGUUUUCAAAAAUUG